AUGACAACCAGUUUUAGCGUUGGAGAACAAGAAUAUGAAGCAAAAAACUUCAAGGACAGACAACUUGAUUCCAACGGUGAGGAUUCAGAGCUAAGUGAGAAAUUUACUAACGAUAUUGGUAACAUGGACGAGUGCCCAAAAUUUCUUGGAUGCUCUGGAAAUAAGUUACAAUUGGUGACUUCCUUUAUGUGCUCCACAGGGUUCCUUCUUUUUGGAUAUGAUCAGGGUGUUAUGGGCUCACUAUUAACACUUCCGAGAUUUAGAGAAACAUUUCCAUCUAUUGAUACUGUUAAAAAUCCUGACAGUCAUACCUCAACUGUUCAAGGUUUUGUUGUUGCAGUGUAUGAAGUUGGUUGUUUGUUUGGGGCAUUAACAAAUCUCAAAAUCAGUGAUCGUUUCGGUCGUCUCAAAUCGAUUACAUUGGGUUGUAUUCUUAUGGUUAUAGGUGGUGUAAUUCAAGCUUCUGCUUUUUCAAUUACACAACUAAUCGUUGGAAGAAUUGUAUCCGGCUUAGGAAACGGGAUGAACACCUCAUCUAUUCCAGUUUAUCAGUCAGAAACAGCACGGAGAGAGGUUAGAGGGAAAUUAGUGAUGCUGUCGGGUGCUCUUAUUACUGGCGGUGUGGCUCUUUCAUAUUGGGUUGAUUUUGGAAUGUAUUUUACAAAUGGAGAUGAGUCCUUUAGAUUCCCAAUAGCUUUCCAAAUAAUCUUUCCUUUGGCAAUUCUACCUUUGCUUGGCAAGCUUCCGGACUCCCCAAGAUGGCUUGCCAGUAAAAAGAAAUUUGUGGAAGCGGCACGAGUCUUUGCAGCAUUUAACGAUACGUCGGUAAAUGAUUCGGAAAUCAUGGAAGAGCUUAGAAUGAUCAGAAGAUCGUUAGCUCAAGAGCAUUUUGCUCAAAAGAAAAGCAAUGGCCUCAGGACACUUCUCAAGCAGGGGAAGCACAGAAAUUUUCAAAGACUUAUGCUUGGUUUCUGGUCACAAGUUUUUCAGCAGAUUACUGGAAUUAACCUCAUCACGUACUAUGCGGGAACAAUAUUUGAACGAUACAUUGGAAUGUCCGCAUUGAAUUCCAGAAUACUUGCUGCCUGCAAUGGAACCGAGUACUUUUUAGCAUCGUUCAUUGCCUUUUUCACAAUAGAACAUUUUGGAAGAAGAAAGUUGAUGAUGUUUGGUGCAUGCGGACAAUCGCUAUGUAUGGCAUUAUUAACAGUAUUGACACUUUACGCUAACAAAGAUAACAACGGGGGUUUCGGAAUUGGUGCUGCCAUUCUGCUAUUCGUAUUUAAUACGUUUUUUGCAAUUGGCUGGCUUGGAAUGACUUGGCUUCUUCCAGCUGAGUUGACUCCACUUUCAAUCAGAGCACCGGCAAAUGCGAUUUCUACCGCUGGAAAUUGGGCUUUUAAUUUUAUGGUGGUUAUGAUUACACCCAUAGCAUUUACUAAUAUUGGCAGCUAUACUUAUACUAUAUUUGCAGUUAUUAAUGCUUUAAUCUUACCCUGCGUGUACUCUCUUUAUCCGGAAACUAAAGGUAGGAGUUUGGAGCAGAUGGAUGAUAUCUUUGCAAGUUGUCCAACCACUAAACCAUGGAAAGUUGUCUCUAUUGCAAGAAAUACACCAUAUGAGAAAAAACUCGUCAGCGAUAUCGAAUCCUUCUCCAAGCCUGAAAUAGAGAACAUUGAAAUUUAUCCAUCUGUGAAUUAA